UUUCCUUCGGCUUGCAGUCCGGGAAACAGAGGGACACGGGAAUGGACACGGAAGGGAGUCAGAGCAGCCUGUCGUCCGUACAGGACUCCCCGCACGACCCCUGCAAAAUGUUCAUCGGCGGGCUGAGCUGGCAGACGACACAAGAGGGGCUGAAAGAAUACUUCUGUAAAUUUGGCGAGGUGAAGGAGUGUAUGGUGAUGCGGGAUCCGGUUACGAAGCGAUCGAGGGGGUUCGGAUUUGUCACCUACGUAGACCAGGCCGGCGUGGAUAAAGUUUUGGCCCAAAACAGACACGAGCUGGAUUCGAAAACAAUUGACCCAAAGGUGGCCUUCCCUCGUCGAGCUCAGCCGAAGUUGGUGACAAGAACAAAGAAGAUCUUUGUUGGAGGACUCUCUGUCAACACCACCAUUGAUGAUGUGAAACAGUAUUUCGACCAAUUUGGAAAGGUUGAUGACGCCAUGCUAAUGUUUGACAAAACCACCAACAGGCACAGAGGUUUUGGCUUUGUGACCUUUGAGAAUGAAGAUGUGGUUGAAAAGGUCUGCGAGAUCCACUUUCAUGAGAUCAACAACAAGAUGGUUGAAUGCAAAAAGGCACAGCCGAAAGAAGUGAUGUCACCGACAGGUACGGCACGGGGUCGCUCCAGGGUGAUGCCCUAUGGCAUGGAUGCAUUCAUGCUGGGAAUCGGCAUGCUGGGUUACCCGGGUUUCCAAGCUACUACCUAUGCCAGUCGUGGCUACACUGGAAUUACACCGGGAUAUACCUACCAGUUUCCCGAAUUCCAUUUAGAGCGGGCCCCCCUUCUGACCUCCUCACACCACCCUGAGAUCACAGCCAUUCCACUGACAGCCUAUGGACCAAUGGCAGCGGCCGCAGCUGCAGCGGUUGUCAGAGGCUCUAACCCCUCACGUGCAGCUGGCUUCCUGGGCACCAGCAGUCCUGGGCCAAUGGCAGAACUGUAUGCAGCAGCCAAUCAGGAUUCAGGAGUCAGCAGCUAUAUCAGUGCGGCAAGCCCCGCCCCCAGCACAGGGUUCGGACAUGGACUCGGUGGUCCUUUGAUUGCCACUGCCUAUACCAAUGGCUACCACUGAGGGGCAUCCAAUCAUCAUCCAGCAUGGGAGGAGUAACAAACAAGCUUGUGAAACACGACCACUGCUGACGACACAACGCGCAAAUGGGACGAACCCAUGAACAGCUGCGUUCCCUCCCGACUCCAUUCUGGAGUUAACGCCUUUUUCUCCACCUCAUUUCCUCUAUUCUCUACUAACAUAACCCUUUUUGUUUUCCUCAUCGCUUGUUUUAUUUCUGACGUAUAAUGUUUUUUAGCGACUGGUUCAUGAUAUGCUGCCAUCUGUCUAUUGUAACAAAAAUGAAGAAGAAAAAACAUUGUCAGAACAGUAAUUUUGGAUUGUACGCGGGGAAACGCGCAAAGAAUUCCGUUUCCCUGGGGUUUUAUUUGACACGUUUUUUCACAUUUGUCGCAAUGUUUUUGCUGACUGUAUUUUAUGUUUUUAUCGUACUCAUGCUGUAACAAUGGAGUGAUGGAGAGAAAGAGAGAGAGGGGAACAGAGAAACUAAACUGAAACGAUCGAGAUUUGUUUUCGUAAACUUUAUUACGCGUAAAGGUUCUUAACAAAUCUAAACAACCAUGAACAAAUGUGUGAGAAUCAAAUUUACUAAACAAAGACAGGACAAAUAAUGUAUAUUUUGGUAGUUUUUAAAUACACAGCAUUUGUAAUAUUAUUAUGAACUGUUGAAAGUUAAAUCAUUUGAUUAUUAUUAUUUUUUAUUUUAUUUGUUGUAAAAUUGGUGUUGACGUAAAAAAAACAUUGAAUUUCAACACGAGCAGUGGAAAUUUUCUAAAAAACCAUUCUUGUUUACAAAGCGUGUUUACAUGCGCGAUUUUACGUGCAUGUGGUCAUGUAAACACCUUAAACGAUGUUCCUUUAUCAGGGUAAUGUCAUAAACGGUUUAAGCAUAAACCGAUCAACACUGGCAGAUUUUGGCCAUUACCCUGGUAUUGCAUUGCAUAUACACAUUUUUACCAACAUUCUUACUGGUUUGCGCAAGCCCGUUUAUGUUUCGACAUCAAAAGCACAGAAUAUCCGAUGAUUUCAACUCUCAUGUAAACACUGUGUUCUUGCGUUGUCUGAUUUUUUUUAAUAAGCUGAUUUUUGGUAGUUAUCAGCGUAUUGGUGUGCAUGUAAACGCGCUCAAUGUUGUAUAUAAGAAUGUUUUUUUGUUGUUUUUUUUUACAAUUUACAUUGAAAUUUGUUCUGGUCAUGUUGAGACUUAAUGUUUGGCUUCUUUUUUGUAGAUACUGUAUAUAUUGCAUGGAUUUUGGGAGGGGUCAUUGAACGAUGGACUUGCGUGGGGGGAGGAGGGGUGAUUGUUUAUUUUAUGUCUUUUUUAACUGCAAAAAAUGUUCUUCACAUUGAAUCUUCGCUUUCUAAAACUAUUUUGAUACUUUAACUUGUGAAUCGAGUCUCCUGAGUUGCUGCCUAAAGGCUAUAGGAUACCUUGUUUGUCUUUAUGCCAUUCCAUCUCAUGCACAGUCAAGCACUCAGCCUUUCAAAUUAUACUCUUUUAACCACGAGCAUGCGAGUUCGAUGACGCACAAACACCGGGAAUCCCCGCAUGUUUAGAAAAACUGUGCUGCAUGUGGACAGUCCACACGUACUGUGCUAAUGACAAAAUCUGUGUCACGCGCCGUGUGCGCGAGGCGUAUUGGCACGCAGAAAAUACUUUGGCAAUAGUAUACUUUGGCCUUUACGAAAUAUACCGGGUUCAAUACAAGUUAAGCUCAACUGACAGUAUUUGUGGCAUAAUGUUGAUUACCACUCAAAUUAAUUUAGACUUGUCUGUUCUGGUCUUUAAAAAAAGCACAAAUCUGGGUUACAGUGAGACACUUACAAUGAAAGUGAAUGGGGGCCAAUCCGUCAAUGUUAAAAUACUCACUGUUUCAAAAGUAUAGCCACAAGACGUAAACAACAUGCGUGCUAACAUGAUUUUAAUGUGAUGAAAUCGCUUACUAACCUUUUCUGUGAGAAGUUACAUCCAAUUUCACAACUUCGUUUACAACACAACACCCUAAAACCCUAAAACGGCAGAAAAACGACAAUUAAACAACAUUACAGCUCUAAUAAUACAUAAGUUUUAACAGAAGAAUUAAUGUAAGGGCUUUUAAUAAAUAAUAAGCUUCACACUUCUGCCUUGAAACCCUUCAAAAAUUGGCCCCAUUUACCUCCAUUGUAAGUGCCUCACUGUAACCUCCAUUUUUUAUGGUAAUCAAUAUUAUGCCAUAAAUGCUGUCGACAGAGCUUACCUUGUAUUGAACCAGGAAUAUUCCUUUAAGUAGAGUGUUCCAUUUCCAUUUCAGAUGCUUUCUUAGAAGGCAGCUGCCUAUGUAGGCAGUAGACAGCUGACAAGGUUUUGGAACAGAGCCCUGUUUGUUACUUUGUGCCUAAACAAUUGGCCAGAACUAGAUCUGACACAAAAUGCAAUAUGUAGAAUGUAUCUUGUAAAUAUUGUAACCAGCUCAUUCGCUUAUAAUGAGUUCCACAAUGCAGACACAAUCUUUCGAUUUUCCUCCAUUUAUACUUCAUUUUCUCUAACGUACACACUUUAAGGCUUUUUAAACUUUCGAAAUGAAAUUUCUUUGGGCUCUGAAUUACCCAGACCUUUUGGUUGUAAAAAGUACUUCAGUUUUCGAGGUUGUAUAUGAAUCCUCAUGCUUCCCUGCUGAAAAAAACAAAACAAAACAAAAAACGCCAACUUAAGCUGGUUUGCUGGUCUUAACUGGUUUACGAUGGCUUCCUAGUCUGGCCAAGGUUGUUUUCAGCUGGUUUAGCUUGUCGGCCAGCAGGUCUUCCAAGCCAAGCUGACAAGUGGCCCAAACCCAUUUAAAACCAACAAUCCAGACCAGCCUGGGAGACCAGCUAAGACCAGUAAACCAGCUUAGGCUGAAAUUUAAAAGAGUCGGAAACUAUGUUUUUGAUGUUUGCUGUUGCUUAUGAGGCAUUGAACCACGUUUGUGAAAAAUAAGGUGCCGUUUUCCAGAAAGAACAAAGGAUUUGUCAAAUUUUUGGGAUUAGGAAGCAGGCCUCAUUGUGGGUCUGAAAUCUGUUUAGUAGCCUCAUUUGGAAGGGCGAGGCUUUUUGGCCUCUCUUCAUGCUGUUUUUGGAAAUAUAUAUUAUAUAUAUAUAUACAUUUCUGCGCAAUGUACCUUUUUUUGUAAAAUUCUCUCUAUCCCUCUCUCUCUUUCUUGUUGUUUUUUUUUUAUUGCUGUUGAUGGUACAAUGCUGUUUUUAAAGAAAUGAAGGACAAAUUUACCAAGCAAAGGAGUCUGAGUGCUGUUACAUCUCAAUCUUUAUCCUGUUUGUUAUUUUGGUUGAAUGUGGAUAUACAGUAUGCGUGUGUGUGUGUGUGUGCGUGUGUGUAUGCGCUACGGUGAGAGUGUAAGUUGUUGUGUACACACGUCAAUAUGUGUGUACUUUUGCGAGACUGCUUCCUGUGCAUAGACUGAUGUAUGGAUGUGCACAUAGGUAGUUUACAUGCAUUCAACUGCCACCUUUGAAACUGUCCUGUCUCUGUCAGAAAUGGAGAGGUACAAAUGACUUCACAGCUCUAAUGGAGGCCUUCAGAGAAAAUGAAUUUAGGCUAAUUUGAGUUCAUUUGACGCAAAAUACUUUUACUUAAAAAUUGCAAUUGUUAUUUCGGUCUGUUUUUGUUGUUUAUUUACAUUUUAAGGUAAAGUCUUCCAUUUGACAUGUGGUAGCCUCUUUUUGGAGCUGUGGUCACAACUGUAGGUUACCAUGGUAACCCUCUGACUGACAGGGACGACUCACAAAACUACUGCACGGCACACACUGUAACUAUUUAACCAACAAAAAGCAAUAAGUCAUGUUUUAAACUCAAGUAAUAAUGUACGCUGUCAACGGUGGUACGAAUAUGAUUGCGAUUAUGUGGCAUUAAGAAUUAUUUUUCAGAAGAAAAGCUAUAUUUUUCAAGACCCGUUUUAACCCCUUGAAAGUUUCUCAGAUUUUUACAGUACAUGUUACGAUAACUGUUUGGAUGAUUUGUAAAAGGGACGGGGCUUUGGGGAUCAGUGAUGGAACUGGAAAGCGUCAGUGGGCGGCGCUCUGCCCUAUUGCUGUGGAGCAGUGUGUCAACACUGUGAACUGAUGCCCAAAUAUGCUUGUCCACUGUCCCUUACUGUAUUUUGUUUUUAUUUUUCACUUCUGGAAAUUUUCAAAUAAAAAAAUCCUAAUAAAUUAUUUUAAAACAUUC